UCGUCAUUGAAUGGUGCGACGAAUAUCAUCCUUUUAUCGUGAACUAGAACGUUCGUAACUUAUAAAUAAUUAAUUGUUACUUCCAAAAUUACCAGUUUUAUGCCCAAAUAAACUAAAAUCAUAAAAGAUAUAAGUAUUUUUUAAUAAUCCCGAUGAAAUAACUAGGCACUUUGAUAAUAAAACAUUGUCCUAGAGUUGUGAUGGAAUCGCAUUUCAACAAAACUAUCACUAAGAAAAAGUCGACGGUGGAAGGUUACAAAUGAUUUAAAUAUUGGCUUUAGAGUGCCGUAACGACGUAGGAACAAAUAGUUGGUCGUUGAUCGACAAUAUAUGUGCGUGACGGUGACAUGAGCACAAUCAACAAGAGGCGCGGAGCUAGCAGUUCCAGUUGUGCUGUCCCAGGUGUGCCUGCGCUUGUGAACGUUCCCACCGCUAUGUCUGCGGAUUUAGCAUCAUUAUUCGAGUGCCCCGUCUGCUUCGACUAUGUCUUACCACCGAUCCUUCAAUGCCAGAGCGGGCACCUCGUCUGCUCGAGCUGCCGACCGAAGCUGUCCUGUUGCCCAACAUGCCGCGGCCCACUCGGUAACAUUAGAAACCUUGCCAUGGAAAAAGUGGCUAGUAACGUCAUGUUUCCAUGCAAACACUCUAAUACUGGCUGCACAGUAACCUUGGUGCAUACAGAAAAGGCUGAACAUGAGGAGGCAUGUGAAUUUCGGCCGUAUUCCUGCCCGUGUCCCGGAGCGUCGUGCAAAUGGCAAGGUGGUCUAGAUCAAGUAAUGCCUCACUUGAUGAUGUCUCACAAGAGCAUAACAACGCUUCAAGGUGAGGACAUAGUAUUUUUGGCUACAGAUAUAAAUUUACCUGGAGCAGUUGAUUGGGUCAUGAUGCAGUCAUGUUUCAAUCACCAUUUUAUGUUAGUGCUAGAAAAACAAGAAAAAUUUGAUGGACAUCAGCAAUUUUUUGCUAUUGUUCAACUCAUAGGAUCUCGGAAGGAAGCAGAGAACUUUGCUUACCGGUUAGAACUAAAUGGCCAUCGCAGAAGACUGACCUGGGAAGCGAUGCCUCGUUCUAUACAUGAAGGUGUGUCGUCCGCUAUAAUGAACUCGGACUGCCUCGUCUUUGAUACUUCACUUGCACAAUUGUUUGCGGAUAAUGGUAACCUUGGGAUAAAUGUAACCAUCUCGAUUGCCUAAUCCGCAUUUCAAUGUCUGCACAAAUGUUGCAGAAACAAUACGGACAAUGAACAAUAAGAAAUACUAGUGAUUCUUAACACAUAGUGAUAUCAUUUUGUGACCGUUAUCAUGUGUAAAAUACAGUAUUUGAAUACCUAUAUAUUUUUAUGGCAUUUGUAAGUUACUAUGACUUUGACAUGUUUUAUAAUAUGUAUUGUAAUCAAAUAAUCAACAUGGAAAUGAGCCAAAAAUAAUUUUUCAUUAUGUGAAGGUGUGUUCAAUUUAGUGUUAAGUAGGAAGAAAUUUUAAAGGUUGUAUUGCUACUAUGCAAAAUCAUUUAGAAGACAGUUACGUUUUUGCCAAAAGCACAAUCUAAUAAAUUCUAUAUUCAGCAUAUUUAUUUGACAUUAUAAUAUAUAUAUUUUUAAUGAUAAAAUUAUUAAAUUAACAUCUAGUCUAGAUAGACCAGUUCAAAAUAUUAACAAUUUUAUAGUAGUUAUUCUUCAAUUGACAUUUUCAACUUUGAAAUCUAAAUGAUUUUGUACUGUAGUGGACUGAUAAAUCACAUUCUGUGCAAGUGAUUAAAAUAUUCCAAAUGAACAAAUAUUUAAAAUUAUCAUUUGUAUAUAAUAUGCAUGAAUAAUUGGUGUUAAGGUUUGUGAUGCUUACAUACUUAGGGCUGGCUUCUACUGAGUAUUAUUACAAAAUAGGCUCAAAUAAUAUCCCAAAAUGUGAGAUUUAGAAACAUGCUUAUAAAUUUUGAAUAUUACUAAUUAGACAAGGACUAUACCACCUUGGUACUCUAAACUACUUAUUUAACAUAUAUUAGGACAUCAUUAUUGUUGUUUUGAUUGUAUAAAAUGUUUGGGAAGAGUUUUGAGAUAUGAAAAGUAAUUCUUAAAUUGAUAAAUAAUUGUGAUGGAACAAAUAUGAAUACUUCAAUUUAAAUAAAAUGUUUAUAUGAAUUACCUAAUUCUUUUCGUUUGUAUUAUGAUUUGUGUCUAUAUGUUUCUCAAUAUUGAUAAUUUUCAUCAUAGUUUUGAUGAGGAGACUUGGCAGCUAUAACAGAAGCCUUCAUUAUGGCUAAUUUAUACAUAUAUAUUUCACAAAUCAUUUUUAAAGUAUUUCUAUUUGUUACAUGACUAUUUUUUAUCAGCAUGUGGCCUGCUAAAAUCUUACAUUGGGAGAUCUCUGAGCACUAACUAUUUUAGGAAUAAGAUGUAUGUUACAAAAACGAGAUAUGGAGACGGAGAUAAGAAGAAUAUUUAUCUUUUUUAUGAUUGCAAGUGCAACUUUUAAAUGAAAUUGUCUGCUGUAUUAACAGCAAUGGGUUAUACCUAAAUAUCUAUGUAAAAUACACAGUGUGUACUUUACAUAGGCAUUUUUGAAACCCUGAGUACCUUCUAAAUAUUUUACCAUUUCAUAAUAUUCAUUAGUUAUUAAAUAUAAUUUAUGAGAUCCAUGUUACUUAAUUGUAGUCGUAAUUUUUCUGAAAAUUCGUAUUUGACAACAAUUUUAACUUUUUGUAGGAUUACUUAAAUAUUAUUUAAUCUUUCGUGUAUCUAAAGCUGAAUUUAUGAAGGUAUCUGGUUGAAUAAAAUUUUAUAAUAUA